AACAUUUUCCUGGCUGCUUCAGAGAAUGAUUUAGAAACAGUCAAACAACACAUCUCAGCAGGCGCAGAUAUCAAUGCCCUCGACGAACACGGUUAUUCAUGCAUGCACGCUGCUGCAAGUUACGCACAUCUCACACUCCUCGACUUACUCGUUGCGCAUGGUGGUGAUUUGAAUCUACAAGAUCAUGAAGGCGAUACACCUUUAUUUGUUGUUGAAACAGCACCGAUGGCAGCACUCUUGAUUUCAUGCGGUGCAGACCCUGCGCAUCGGAAUAAAGAGGGGAAAACAGCAUUGGCGCAUCAUCGAGAGGAAGAUGAGUUUCCAGAGGUGAUUGCAUAUCUACAAACAGUCACGCCUGGUGAAUCUGAGCAAGUGGUGUUACCGAAUGGGAGUACGGCGGCGUAUACGGCAGCAGGUGACGCAACUGUGCAAGUAGAUGCAGAGGAAGCCAUGCAUGCGUUGUCGCAGGAGCAGAGGGAUCAGAUUGAUGCGUUGAUGCGGCAGAGUCAGGAAGAUGGUGUGAAUCGGGACGCAGCACUGAGUCGGAUCAUCGAGUCUGCGUUGCUGGGU